AUUUCAGGAUGAUAUCUCAAUCUAACUAUAUGUUGCAGUUAUCGAACUCAAACUAGUUCUUGCUGGAGAAGAGAAGAACUCCACUGGAAACGCUUUGGUGGGGAAGCGCGUCUUCAUUGGUUCAGGAUUUUGUUCAGAGAAUGUCACAGUGGACAACCUGGUGGUGAAGAUCAUCAACACUCCAGACCUCUCAGAAUUAGACCAGGAUCCAGAUAAGAAGGAGGAGACCUUAGACUACAUCAGACUCUCAGGUCCAGAACAUCAGGCCUUCCUACUGGUCAUCAAGCUUCAGAACAUCAGUGCAGCAGAGAUAGAAGAAACUGCAAGAGAAUUUGAAUCAGUGUUUGGUGAAGAUUCCUGGAGACGCACCAUGAUUCUCCUGACCCACCAGGACCAGACAGAACCAGACAUCCAGAACCUGCCACUAGAGGUGCAGGAGAUCCUGGCUGAGAAAGUGGGCUACAGAUACCGGGUCUUCAACAGCAGCCUUGACCACAGAGACCCCCAACUGGUCUCAGAUCUGCUGAAUGAGAUAAAUUUUCUGUCCGAUCACCGUGCUCCAUUGCUUCCUCCUGCUGUGAUUAUACAUCAAGACGCACCACCUUGUCCCAAACUGCCACUGGACGACUACCACAUCCCACCAACCAACUAUACGCAGGAACUGACGAGGCAGGAACAACUUCAUCUCCACUCACUGCGUGUGACAUUGUCCCAGUGUCGUCUCAUUGAAGCGUCAACAAGAGCUCAAAGUGCAGUACCCCAAUGGCAUUUUCUGAGGAAAAAGAGGGUGACGGCGUCUCAGUUCAGACAGGUGUGUCAUGUGCGAGAGGUCAAAACUGCUAACAACCUGGCUGUGAGGAUCCUAGAGGGAAUGAGACCGACUGCAGACAUGCAGAGAGGGCGUGACAUGCAACCAGAAGCUUUGAAAUACUACGCAACCAUGAAAAAGGUGAACACAACCCCGUGUGGGUUUGUUGUGCACCCAGAUGCGCCAUGGUUGGGAGCAUCACCUGACGGGCUGGUGUAUGAUCCAGAGGAGAAUCCUGAGUUUGGAUUGGUGGAAAUUAAGUGUCCCAACACUCAGAGCUACAGCAACUGUAAAUACCUGGUGAUUGAGGAAGGCGAGUACAAACUUAGGGAGAGUGACCGUUAUUACUGGCAGGUACAGGGGCAGCUGCUCAUCACGGGAAUGUCAUGGUGCGACUUUGUUGUACGUGCCACUGAUGACAUGUUUGUGCAGCGCAUUUAUAGGGAUGAGGAGGUGAUGGCCCGUCUAAAACAGGGGUGUGAUCAGUUUUUCUUUUAUACUUACCUCCCAAAAUAUUUAUCUGGAAGUUUAAAGAUAACAGAUCUUCAGUACUGCUAGUUCCAUUUAAACACUUUGUUCAUCAAUGGCACAAAUGCAUACGUUUUGAGUAAACACAGUAAAAUUAAGUCAGUAAAGUUAGUAUCCUCAAUAUUUUAACUAUUCAUGUUUCAAUGUAAUCUUUUUGGGGGUGGUUUCCAUUACAUAGCAAAUGUUUAGACUGUCGCAAGACUCCUGAAAAUUUGUUUGUUAAAGAAAUAUAUUGAUAUGUAUAUAACAGAGGUUUGGGAAAAGAAACACUUAAUAGUAAAAGUUUCCCAAAAUAGAAAAUCAUUAAUAACUGGUCUACAAAUGUCACAACUGAACACAAAAAUGGCUAUUAAACUAACUGUAUACAAAUGAUUCUUGUAAUAUUAUAAACAGAACUACAUAGAAGCACAAAGUAUAUUAGAUUAUAAACAGAAGUAAAAACAAAAUGUUUAGAUGGUCAAUGUAACAAUACACAAAUUAUUGUAAAUUAGAUUAAGAUGAGCAAAUCAUUUGGAAAUCAAUUAAGCAAAAUAUGUACAGUUAAUUUUACAAAAAAUCUGGGUCAACCUUUAACAAUCUUUUUCUGGCCCAGGAUUUAACAAGAGAUUUAAUCUGGUUGUUAACCAAGACAGGCCACAGCAAAAAGCUGCUUAAUGCAGCCAGCUGGGAAUCUCACUGUAGAAUAGUUUGUGUUUUCUCACCCUCCUGAUGACACUGAGCCUCGCAAAACACUUCCCAACCUCUGCUCCUGACAGCUCUUAAUGUUUUUACCAAAGAUUAUAGAAUCAUGUAUCUGGGAUGUUGAAUAUCUGAUGGGAUCCUUAUUAGUUUAAUCAUGAAACUUUAAUAAUUAUGUCAUUUUAAUUAUUUCUUCUGUCGUUUCACAUGUAUGUAAACUAUUCUUUGGAUGGGACAUUUCCAACAUUUUGAUGGUGUGGGUCUGAUGGUGAUGUGUGCAAAAUAAUAAACAUCUUAAAAAAUGA